UUGUGGGUACUGGUACAAAGAUAAAAAUGGUCAGCUCAGUAACUUGCUUACUACCCUCCAAACAAAGUGGAUUCGCAUUGCAAAGUUGUAAUGCUAGGCGAGCUCAGUGUAAGAGUGUAAUUGCCAAACCGGGGUUGCCUCAACGACUUCUAGCGCAUAAAGGCGCUUCGCGACGGGGGCUGGCGCAGCGGAUGCCCAUGCAGCAGCAGCGACCGGUGGCCACACAAGUAUUCCCAUUUGACCAGGCAUGGGCGCCCAGCGUCGAUGCGGCGUCGGUGGCGCCGCAGCUUUUUGCAAUCAGUCUUUUCCCGUACCUUUUCUUUCUGUACUUCUUGACCAAGUCCGGCAAGACACCUCGGCUCACGCUGAUAGGCUUUUACUUCCUGCUAGCCUUCGUAGCCGUAACUGUCCCCGCCGGUAUCUACGCCAAAACCCACUACGGCACGAGUCUAGCCAAUGUGGACUGGCUGCAUGGCGGCGCGGAGAGCUUGCUCACCGUCACCAACCUGCUGAUCGUGUUGGGGCUGCGGCAGGGCAUCCGGGAGGCGGAGGCGGCACAGCAGCAGGGGCAAGGGGGGAGCGCGCAGGGGGCGGGGAGUGGGGGCGGCCGCGAGGGAGCAGCAGCAGCACAGCGUGCGGAUGUUGAUGGGGCGGGUGCUGCGGAUGUAGCGGGAACCGCGUUGGGGCAAGAGAGGGAGGGAGCGAAGGGGGUAGCGCGGUGAAAGGACGGCUGCUGGAGUGUCGGCUUGGGUGGUGUGUUCAGAACGGGCCGCGUGUGGUAUGUGUGUGGUAUGUGUGUGGAGAGGAGUGUUAGUAAUACAGCUAAUACUGCUAUGCAUCUUGGUAGGAUAAUUUUGAGUGCAUGCGCGAGUGGGUGGAGUGCAAGGUCGAGAGGCGGGAACAAGAAGGAUGUAUGAGAUCGAGGAGAUGCGGCGUUUUGGGUGGGGGCCUUGCGUGCUGAUAUGCGUACCGGUAUGGUAGGGAAUACCAUACUAUGGUAGAGGCAAGGGCCGGUGUGUGGCAGUCUGCGGCUAGUAUGGGUGCUUGCCGGUGUUCUUUCCAGAGGUUGGCACCCAACACUACCAGAGGUUGGAACCCUGGGUAAGGGUACGGGUAGUGGGAAGGGCAAGGCAUUCUUUACGUCAGGUUACAUGAGCCGAAACGCGCGUUGGCACGUAGUCUGUACCUGUGAGCGGUGCAAGUUAACCGCCCGUUGUGCUGUUAAAUCGCAAGUGUGUCCCGCAAGGGGUGUCAGUACUUUUCUAUCCUCAUCAAGGGGCUCGACCCUUUCCCAGCUUACACCCCCUUGUUCGGAUGUAUACCGCACCGUGCUGUUGCAGAGGGCGCCCGUGCCCCCAGGGGCCGUGCCAUCAUGGCCGGCCCGCUUCUCAGAAGGACAGGGGGGUGUACCCAAACGAGCUGGGGCACUGCUCAGAC